AUCUACUGUGAUUGCAGUUAUGUCUACAGUUCCAACUCAAACGGUGGUGAGGAUGAAAAAUUCGGAAAACGAUUCACUACCAAAGGCAAAGGUGGCAGUUCAUCAAAUUGGUUCGGGAAUUCAAAAGCUAAAUGGGAUUCAUAAUGACGGUUUGGCGCCUUUGGAGAGUUUGACAAAGGCGUUUAAUGAAGGUCGCGGCAGAUACAAGCGCCGGAAAAUGCUCAAGUAUUUGCAACCGCUGCUGAUUGGUGUUUUAAUAGUAAAGUUCAUCUUAUUGCCGCUCAUUUUGAAAACGUUGACAGCACUCUCAACAUCCUCAUUUGUGAUAAGUAAAAUUGCUUUGGCAACUGCCGGACUGGUACUACUAAAAUGGCUACUCACGGGAUCCAGUGAUGGUGGCGGCUACGAUGGUGGCGCCAAAGAGCGCACACAUUUGGAAAUUGUACAUUUACCAAUACCUUUAACGAAACCCUAUCAACGGGGGAAUGUAGGGGUUGGGGUCGUAGGAAGUUGGGAUGAUUUAUCGGGAAGUGGCAGCAACAAACUAUUGGCUAUAAAACAUGCGAACAAGCCACACAAAUAUAUACCAGUUAACGGUGCGAAGGAAAUGGCACAUAUGGUAGCAGCAGCGGUGGCGGCGGAUAGUGUUGGUGUUGGCGGGACUUAUCGAAACACGCGUCCUCAUACGCGCCCUUACGACGCCGCUUUGGAUGGCAAACCAUUUUUGUGAGAGCCUUUUCC